CUUCCUGCUCACCAGCAGCCCACGACCGUUCGACACGACGCCCUCUCUUCAGUCGGUCCCUUCACGGUACUCUGAUAUUGUCUCGCUCUAUCGCUUGCGCGUAGGACUCUAGUUCUGACGACCUCACGGCCCUCCCAAAACCGGACUGCAACACUCUCGAGUCUCUGACCUGCGCCCACGUCGUAUGAUUUCGCGGCUUUAACCCACAAGAUUGUGUCUUCUUUGGUUCCGCGGAGCUAUCAUCACAAGUUUACUGCUAGGCUCAUCCGGUAGCACGUCUGCUGCCUGUCCGACCACUAUGCCACCACACUACAAAGGAUGGUUUUACCCGCCCACCCGACGAGAGGUCACGCUCAUACUGUUCUCGCUGACUGUCUUCGUACUGUCGUAUAACUUGGAGGCUCCCUGCAACUACGGAUCUUACCUCUCGGCAAUCGGAUUGGGAGCCCAGGACCCGGGGUACGACCGGGACGGUCGAAGACCGAAGGAGUGGCGGGACGAUUUGGAGACCAUGAUCUCUGGCGAGUGGGAGUGGGAAGAGGGCAAGGGUUCGAGCCGCGCCGACGGCAAGGUGGACAGAGGAAUAGGCGUGACGAAGGGUGUCAGUCCGCGCCAGCAGUUGGUGAGAUGGGAGGAAAAGGUCCCGGUUGCAAGGGCGGUCGCGCAUGUGCCAGGGUUCACAAUUUUGGACAACGUGAUCAUGGUGAAUGGAACGUUCUACCUCGUCACGGACGACCCGUCGUCAUUACCAGCGCUCGAGUACGUUGCCUCCUCAUCAGUAAACAGCGCACAUCCUCCGCGCGAGAACGAAUGGGCAAUAGUAAGCACAAGCGACGCAGUCGAUAAGCUCGGUACUUUUGGAGGACGUGUUUUUGGCACCAGCUGGUUUGCACUGGACCAUGCCGAGUCGCAAGAUCCUUAUACUCUCUUCUCGCUCUUCCGCACACAUAGCACCCUGGCUGCACCUACACUCUCUGCAAGCUUCUCUUCGGAUUCAUCCGCUCAAGGCAGGAAUAAGUCGCUAGCGAAUGUACCUGCUCCGCUCCGCUUGAUAUUCCCCAACGUUCCAACGUUCUCUAGCCCUCACAUUCCACUGGCCCCCGGUGUCGACCCCAAGGUCCAUCCAGAGCCCCGAGUAAAAUCAUUCAUGGGCAUUCACCCGCUCCUGCAGAAAGCGGCCCUUCCGGCCCUUGGGAUCUGGUAUACCGAGGAUUGGCAAGACCUCAUCGCCAUGAAUGCCCCCUGGAUCUUCGACCGGGUCAUCAUCGCCGACCGGGGCGCCUCCGAGCGCGGGCGGGAUCUCUGGACCCGCGGGUGGUCGCCUGCGUCAGAGGACUUCACCAAGCGUGCUGAAGGCGACGACGGCAAGCCCUCCUGGGCGGCGCCCUUCGUCGGGCUUCGCAUGAAGGCGGGCUGGUGGACGCCCGUGCGCAACGCGCUCCUGAGCUAUUUGCGCCUGCCCGAGCUGCAGGAGGCUACGCUGAACGAGGAUGACCAUGCUGCACUGGUUGCGGGGUUGCAGAGCUUACAGAGGGAUGGCGUGGUGAGCGAGGUGCACGUUGUCAAGGGCAAUGGGAGUGUUGGUGUGCAUGGGUGGGAGUGGGCGGACAGGAUGAGUGCGAUCGCUCGGUCAAGUAUCGUGUUGGGUCCGUGGGGCCACCACCUCGCCGACAGCACCUUCAUGUCGCCUCCGGCGUGGCAGGGUCGCGACGUCGCUGCGGCAUCCUCGGUAGCCGGAGCGGAAGCAGAGCAAUCCGCUGCACCGUUGCUCAUGGAGUUCUUCCCACCUGACACCUUCAUGCGGGAUCAGGAGUUCGCUGUCCGUUCAUUGGGAAUGAGGUACAUCGCAUGGUGGAACAAUAGAAAAUUUACGGCCAACACCCUCCCGCCCGUGUUUCGAGCUGUGGACCCUAACCAGCGGGUGCCCAUCAGCGUAGACGCAGUCAUGCAGGCCAUCCGAGAUGAGAUCGCGCGCCGGACUGUACCGUGACUAUAAUCUGAGACAUACUAGCUAUACACAUCCGUAACGUAUCUGUAGAGCUCACUUGAUACCAUGUGCAUCUAAUUUAUCCUAUCGACACUGCGUUUUGCCUUCCGUCUUACUGUAGACAUUUACAUCGUUGAAAAGUUAUGGUACAUUAGAUGUACUUAGUCCGUGAGUCCGAUGAUAUCCAGGUACAGUAUAUUGAAGCUCGCACGAGAAACUCCGUCUGAACGUCUAUCAACUGGAUGCAGCCA